AUGGAGACGGUGGUGAUUUGGUCAUCGUGGGUGCCUCCACUGUCCGUCCCUGGCCUGGCGAAACCCCCCUGGUCUCCGGUGCUACCCUCAAACGCAACUAUUAUUCCUCCGUGCCCUGCCAAUCUCACUGGCUUGGUGAUGCAGAAUUUGAUUCCAGCUCCCGGCUGA